AUGUCCUCGGAGGAUCUUGCAUCAUGGCGACGCUAUAUUGACGUUCUUUUGGAAAAUCUCCCUAAUAAAGAUGCUAACUAUGAAUACUACCGGCAGAUCAGGGAACAACCGAAUUGCUGUAAUACCUCAUCUGAAGGAUACUGCACCUCCAGUUUUAUCAAUGAUCCGACAUACCCUCCCAAUCGGUUCUAUGACGUGGAGUGUUUGGUCCCAAAAUCAGCAGAUUUCUUCCUGCCUUUGGCCUGUAAAUCGGGGACUUUACGAUGUUGUAACUCUACGUUCUGCAAUCUACCUCUGGAAGAAGAAAUUUCCAAACUAAUUGUUGAAACACCAAAACUCAAUAUCCUCAUUGUGAUUUUACCUAUUUUCCUCGUCGUUUUGGUUCUUUUGUUGAUUGGUGGUUGGUGUUUCUGGCGUUUAAGGCAUAGAGGUGACUGGAGAAAAUCUACUCAAGUACCUGUUUCUAUGGUGAGUGGAAGUUGUCUAGGUGACGGACCAGGUGCUCAUGGUUCUUCAACUGAUCCUCGUCCAUGGCAUAUGGUCGAAUGCUGCGGUGUUGGAGGUCCAAGUGGUAUUCCUGGCGCAUCCCCCUACCAAACUAGUAUGGCCUAUGACAACGGCCUCACAACAGCAGUCACUGUUAACGGUGUAAUUACCCCUGUAGCCGCUGCCGUGACAAUCAAUUCCAGUGGAACAGGAAUAGAUGCUAGUGGAAAUCCCUCACGAACACCUGUUCUAAUACCUCAUGGUACUGAUGGCGGAGCAUCGAUCUCUUCAUCCGUUGUUGCUAUUAGACCUCGCGGAAUAAUGAGUCCAGGAAUGUACAUCACUGGUGCUUCUUCAAUAGGAGUUGGUGGAUAUGGGGGAGGAAGUGGUUCGACAGUUGUUCGUGGAUCGGAGAUUAUUGGAGCAUCCUCAUACACAACUGGGGCUUCUCUUCUUCCUGCCUCUUGCUCUGCUCCCCCUGGAGCUGGUGGCGCAUUGGAUAUGACCUCAGGGAGUGGAAGUGGAGCUGGUCAACCCCUCUUAGUGGAAAGAACAGUGGCCAGACAGGUCACUCUUUCAACUCGAAUUGGUGAAGGUCGUUAUGGCGAAGUAUGGUUGGGAAGACUUCAUGGUGAUCAAGUUGCUGUAAAAAUAUUCUCCAGUAGGAAUGAAAACUCAUGGAUAAGGGAGAAAGAGAUCUACGAGACGGCAACCCUUCGUCAUAGCAACAUUCUCGGCUUUAUUGCUGCGGAUAACAAGGACAAUGGAAUCUCAACCGAGCUCUGGCUCAUUGCUGAAUACCAUCGUUUCGGAUCGCUUUACGAGUUCCUUCAAAUCCACGCCUUCACGUUACCAGCGCUCAUCAAGAUGGUGUCUUCAAUUGCCAAUGGUCUUGCCCAUCUUCAUAUGGCUAUUGUUGGCACUUCGGGUAAACCACCAAUUGCUCAUCGUGAUCUGAAGUCUCGCAACAUUCUUGUUAAAGGUGAUGGAGAGUGUUGUAUUGGGGAUUUGGGUUUCGCUGUGCGUUAUGACAGCAUCACAGGCUGUGUUGAUAUUGGUCACAAUACUGAACGUGUUGGCACUAAACGGUAUAUGGCUCCUGAAGUGUUGGAUAACACCCUCUGCACCAACUCAUUUGAUGCUUACAUGCAGGCUGACAUCUAUUCUCUCGGCUUGGUUCUCUGGGAAAUGACCCGACGUGUCUAUGUGCCUGAUCUCUAUGGUCCUGAGGAAUAUCAACUCCCAUAUCAAGAUAAUGUUGGUUCAGAUCCUCUAGUUGAAGAAAUGAAGUCGGUAGUCUGUGAACUAGGAAUUCGACCUCACUUGCCGUUGAUAUGGCAGACAGAUGAAAGCUUGCGUCUGCUCUAUCACAUAAUGACGGAGUGUUGGUCAGCUAAUCCUACGCACCGUCUUUCAGCCAUGAGAAUCAAGAAGGAUCUGGCGAAUCAACGUCAAAAGCUGGGUUCACCAAGCCAACCAGGUGAUACCGCUUUGCCACCACAUAUUCUGCGCCAACAACCCUCCUGUCGUGACGCUUUACCUCCUGGGGUCUUCAUUUAUCGAUCAUCUAGUAGUGGAGUUCUAAGUGAGCCCACAACUGCUACUAUCACUGGGUCUACAACCACAACUACUUCGACUAAAACCGCAUUACCUGUGUCAACAGCGGCUACUCACCACCAGGAGACAGAAGAGGAUGAAAAAGUAGCUCUACUUGCUUCUGGUGGUCUUACUCUCCAGCCCCCCAAUGUGGUUGCUACAACAGCGGUGGUAUCUAGUGGCACUGGUGGUAGUAGUGCUCUAGGUUCUGCAGAAAAUUGUUGA